AUGCGAGGUCUGAUUUUCGUAUUGCUAGCAUUCCAAAUUUACUUCACUUUUGUUUCUUCCAACCCUGCGCCGGCCCAGGCCGUCAAAUCUUCAAUUUUAAAUGACACUGCUUUGUUAGUGCCAGAAUACAUAGCACGGCAUGCACCUCUUGUUUAUCUUCAUUCAGAUGAUCCAUUUCUGCCAGCUGACAUCCUCACUCACAUCCGACAUACAACGCCUAUGAUCGAUCGCAAGCCCGUCGCUGAUCUACCAGAACUCGACCUUGAUAACUUGGACAUUCUCAAUGAUAUCUCUGUUCAUGGCGAUCAGGUCGUCGCACUGACUUCCAACGACAACGUAACAACAUUACCAUCAUGGCUUCUCGGUGAGGCCCCUGAUGAUAAUGGCAGGAUAGCCAACUCUACGCCAUGUAUUGUUCUACUUGUCGAGAGGAGUCAACGCGAUGUUGAUGCUUAUUUCUUUUAUUUCUACUCUUAUGAUCAAGGCGCAAAUAUUACGCAGGUGUUGCCACCAUUGAAUAGUCUGGCUGGAGGUAUGGCUGAUGGGAUGCAUUACGGCGAUCAUGUUGGUGACUGGGAACAUAACCUCGUUCGGUUCCGCGACGGAAAGCCUACUGGAAUUUAUUACAGCCAACAUUCAAGCGGCGCAGCGUAUAAUUGGAACGAAGAAGGACUGUCACUCAGAAAUGAUCGGCCUCUUGUGUUCAGUGCUUGGGGUUCACACGCCAACUACGCAUCUUCAGGUGAUCAUGUUCACGACAAAGCCCUCUACGACUGGUGCGAUGCCGGGAAACUCUGGGAUCCCGUCCUGUCGGCGUACUUCUACCACAUGGAUCCCACGACGUUCAAACUAACGCGCCUGUCACCUCCCGGAUCAAUUUCACCUCCGACGACAAACUACACCUCAUUCUUUUACUUCACUGGCAUAUGGGGCGACGAAGAAUACCCAGAGAAUCAUCCCAAUCAGAGAAAGGUUCCUUACUUCGGUCUCAAGCGCUGA